UGUCGUUGUUCGGCAGCAGCUGCACACUGGAAAGUACCUGACAGCCAGCAGUGAGCAUUCUCACAGGGAAAACCGUGAGAUAAAUGAAGGAUUUAAAUAUCCUCUUCUUUCCACGGCCUCUUCCAUCAUUUCAAAAUCUCGUAAGUGUUGUUUUAGCCUUUAAAAUAACCGAGUGCUAGCUUAUUUUUUUUAGAUGCCAGCUCUUUGUAUGGCUAGCAGCUAGCUGAGGGAUGUGUUGUUGUUGUUGUCGUUGUCGUCUGGGAGAGGAGACCCGUCAGCUGUGCAUGGAGAAACGCCUUCUUGUCGCCUGCUGACAUUAUCUGUGAGAAGUACCCGCUGUGUAACGCUGGUAAACACCGAGGGAAGGGGGAGUUUUUUUUGUUGGAAGGAGAUGGGAAACUGUCUGAAAUCUCCAACCUCGGAUGAUAUUUCUCUGCUUCAUGAAUCCCAGUCGGACCGUGCCAGCUACGGAGACCCGGACCAGGAGCCACCGCCCCCCUAUGAGGAGCAGAUCCAUGUGCCUGUCUAUCACCCCACGCCCAGCCAAGCCCGACUGGCCACUCAGCUGACGGAGGAGGAGCAGAUCCGCAUCGCCCAGCGAAUCGGACUCAUCCAGCACCUCCCAAAGGGGGUGUACGACCCGGGGAGAGACGGCUCUGAGAAGAAGAUCAGAGAGUGUGUGAUCUGUAUGAUGGAUUUCGAUUACGGAGACCCCAUCCGGUUCCUGCCCUGCAUGCAUAUCUACCACAUGGACUGUAUUGAUGACUGGCUGAUGAGAUCCUUCACCUGCCCCUCCUGCAUGGAGCCUGUGCACGCCGCCCUGCUUUCCUCCUAUGAGACCAUCUGACACACACACACACACACACACACACACACACACACACACACACACACACACACACACACACACACACACACACACACUCCCGCAGGCACACGACAGGGUUUAUACACACACACACACACACACACACACUAUGCACACAGCUUACAUCUUGCAAACCUGUAUCCUGGAUUAUUUAGGUGCUGAUGACAUUGUAAAAAGUUUCAGAUGAACUGUGCGAGUGUGUACCCCUGUUGACCUGCUGGACAGGACCAAAGGUACUUUUUCUGUGAAAACAAUGAGGAAGCAGCUUGAAGGUGAAAACCAGGAACUGAAAAUGUGGGCUUCUGGUGUAAAAGGAAGUAAAGAAGGCUGGAUCACCACUCAGUGAUAUGAUUUGAGUAAAGCUUUUACAUGCUGUAAACAAACACUUCGACCAGUGACACACUUCCUUUUUGGACUUUUCAUCAUGGAUAUAAACAAAAAACAGGAGGAAGGACAUCUGUUGGUUUUACUAAAGCAUGAGUAAUGAUUGAUGACAGAAUCAUUACAGAACUGGACUUCAGUCUAAAGACUGCAAACAAUAUAUGUAACCAGCAGACACACCACGGGCCUCCAUUGGUCCACAAUACCCGGUCCUGGAGUCGUCUGCCUGUACACAUCUUUAAAAGAAAAUACUAUUAGUCGGUGGAUUGAUCGUCCCGUGGGUUUGUGAAAUCUGUCCUGUGUUUGUUUUGUCGGUCAAAAACAGUAAGGGCUUCUUUAAACCACCACCAACACAGACGUGGCAAAAAAGGAAACAAGUCACUAAUGUUGCUCUGAAGCUAUCCCUCACUGAAACAGUGACUGUAAUUAACUGUAUUAUGCCAACAAACUGUGUUAGGUUAGUUCAAAGCAAUAAUAUUAAGCUGUACCUAAAAUGUUUGGCUUUCUACUAAACUAAUUCAGUUAAUUAAAGUCAACGUUUCAGUUUUUUCAGCGGGAUAAUGGACCGAAGCACCGAAACAUUACAAACCAGUUAUAUUUGCACUUCUUAUUUAGACAGCAAUGUACCAUAUGCAUUCAGAAAUUAUGUCACAGUGGAGUAUGUGAUUUCCGUUACCUAAAAAUUCUCAUUACUAUUGCGAUGAUUUGUAAUGAAAGCCCCCCUCUCAUCGAAACCUAUUGUAUGACUCAUACCUGCAAACUAGUCACCUUUUUCAGCCCUUCUGAGUUUGCAGAUGUGGUAUAACUGGUGACAUUAACCUGACUAACAUCUAGCAUACUUUCCUGUGGCAUAUGUGUUCAAACUGAAAGCAAUCAUUGUUUUUACUGUUAUAGUUUGGCUUUAUAUAUUACUGAAUUCUGUCCUCAGUUAAAUUAUAGAAAGGUUCCUCCCAUUUAUUUUUUAAGACUACAAUCUAUGCGCUCUUCUCACUUGGUUUUUCUGCAGGAAACACUGAAUCAUUUAAGCCCACCGCUGCAUAACAGGCAUGACACAGAUCCAACACAGUUUGAAAACAUGCCUUAGUUGAUCUGUUUGUGCAUGUUUGUGUGAUUGGAGUCUGCACCUUCAUUUAAAAAAUUUUUUUUUUUGCACAAUUCUUUAACUAUGUAACUCUUUUUGUUGUACAAUUUCCUCCAUCAGUAAGAUGGAGCUUCAUGGCCUUAGGUUACGUGUGAGUGACGGUUUAUAUCAGCUGCUAAAAUGUGGAGCAGAGUCCAGUUAACUUUGAGAAACAGUGCAAAAACACUCUGAUAAAGUCCUUAAAUCAAAUUCGUACUCAAGUAGAAGUCCAAAAGUGACGGCAUCCAAAUAUACCGAAGUACCAAAAGUAAAAGUACCCAUUAUGUCUUAUGGCUCACUUCAGAAUCACAUAAAGGACUUUUAUAUUGAAUUACAGUACAGCACUGUUCUCUUUUCUCAAUCUGGAGCCAAUCAAGAAGAGAAGAAGGUCCCACAGAGGGGAAAUUUACAUUCUGCAUUCGACCCAUCCUAGUGUUAGGAGCAGCGGGCUGCCAUAUGUACGGUGCCCGGGGAGCAGUGUAGGUAACGAUGCCUUGCUAAGGGACACCUCGUAGCACUUGGUCUCUCGUGGACUUGAAACGUUGACAUGGUUACGGACUUCGCCACCACCGCCCACGGACUGUGUCACUAUGUGUUGUUGUUGAUUCUGUUAAUCUCCCCAUCAAUGCAAUGAGUUAUAGUGACUCAAAAGUGAAACUGUUUUACUGAAGAAACCGAUGUAUCCCAAAGCUAAAUGGACAUGUAGGUGACGCCCUUUUUGGAUAUGCUUCAGUUUGAUUGAUGUUUGAGCUCUUACAGCCCAAAAGAUUUCCAGCAUUGUGCAGAGUCAGAACAUUUCCCUAGAAACUGGAAGGAAAGGUUUCGCCUGAACGAGAUGUUUCUCAAUCACAAGGCUCUGAAUUUGAAUCUCCACGCAGACUUAUUUAUUAAAAAGGCUCCACACAUACAGGAAUAAGGAGUGAUGUUUUCGGGUGGAUUUUCUGCUUUUAAGUAGGAUUUAACAUCAUGGUUUGCUGGUAUGUGAAUGGGGUGUGUGUGCUGUAUGUCUGUGUAUGGAUGCUUGUUAGACCUUGCCUUGUUUGUAAGCAUAAAUAUGUGAUGUAAUGUAACACAGGCGAAUAAUAAAUAGUCAUUGCAACAGAACA